AUUCAAUCAAUUUACUGCUCUCUUAUAAAGGAAAUAUCGACCAAAAUUAUUUUACAAUAAUUUACAGAAAUUUAGGGCAACUAAACAUAUAUCUAUUAUAUCUGAUAAAUCAUCCACUGUCAGUUAUUAGCUACCAUUGUCCUGAUAUUCAAUUACAAAUAAUAUAAAUGGCAAGGACUCAGUUUACAAUUGGACAUUCGUAAACAUCAUAAUAAUUGGUUAGUUCUUACGUUCGGAGUUAAAAUUUGCGUAGAUCAUUACGUCAUGGCCGUUUACUACGUCGAGAAUACCGGCUGGGUCGCCAAAUAUGUGUAAUUAAGUGGUAACGACUGCGACAGUGCGAAUGAUUCACUACGAGGUUAAUUGUUGCUUUACUUAUGUGCCUACAUAGUUGUGAGUGCACGUAACGAGGAUUCGCCUUUGCCGGGCGUUGACUUAUCUGAUAGGAAUCCGGUAAAGUGAGUAAUAGAUGAGAUGAUCGAGAGCGUUUCGCGUCGUGCCUUCAGUAGUUCAAGCGGCACAUACAACGUGCGUGCUUCGGAGCUUGCGAGGGAACGUAAGCUCAACAUAUUCAAUGUCACAGUGCAAUUCUUGGACGAGACCCAGCAUUCGUUUCAAAUCGAGAAAAAAGCCAAGGGAAGUGUCCUUUUAGAACAAGUAUACCAACAUCUGGAACUGGUUGAAAAAGACUACUUUGGAUUGCAAUUCACUGAGAAUGGUUCACCACCCAAUGCUACAAACACUGAGAUAACGCGUUGGUUAGACGGCAGCAAAUCUGUCAAGAAGCAAGUUGGCACCAACGCUCAAUUCUGGCUAGCAGUACGUUUCUAUCCCCCCGAGCCGUCCAGACUAGCUGAGGAGUACACGCGUUACCUCUUGUGUUUGCAACUUAGGAAGCUACUGCUGGACGGGACAAUGGCUGCUCCGAAAAGCACCGCUUUGCUGUUAGCAUCAUUUACUGUUCAAGCGGAACUAGGCGAUUACAACGUAUCAGAGCAUCCACCGAAUUACCUAUCAGAAAUGUGUCUAUUGCCGAAGCAGACGGCGGAAGACGAACGUAAAAUACGCGAACUCCACAAGUUGCAUAAAGGGCAAGCGCCCGCGGACGCUGAGGCUAACUUCUUGGAACAUGCGAAGCGAUUGGAUUGUUACGGUGUCGAAUCACACCCGGCUAAGGAUUAUCAUGGCAAAGACAUAUUUAUUGGCGUAACGUCAAUAGGUAUAGUGGUCUUUCAGAAUAACAUAAGGGUGAACACAUUCUCUUGGAGUAAGAUCGUCAAGAUCUCAUUCAAGAAGAAACAGUUCUUCAUACAACUAAAGAGGGAACCGUCGGAAUCGUACGACACGGUGCUGGGGUUCAACAUGCGUUCGGGGCGCGCGGCGAAGGCGCUGUGGCGCUGCAGCGUGGAGCGGCACGGGUUCUUCCGGCUGCGCGCGCCGCGCCGGCGCCCGCUGCUGGGCGCGCUGGGCGCGCUGGCGGGGCUGGGCGCGCCGCGCGUGCCGCGCACCGAGACGCAGGCGCUGCACGACGCGCGCCGCUCGCGCUCCUCCAACACGAGCUUCGUCAGACGCAGCAGCUCGCGAGUACGCGAACGGUCGGAGGGCGCGAACGGCGCGAACAGCGUGAACGGCGCGAACGGCGCGGGCGGCGCAGCGUCGCCGGGCGCGGCGCUGGCGUUGCGCGGCGCACGCGUCACGGGCUGCGCCGAGCCGCCGCCGCGCGCCGCCUGGACGCACGACGCCGCCGCCAACGACGACGACGACGGCGGCUUCCUCGAGCGGGCGCUACGUGUGCCAUUAUCGUAUGUGGACGAGUCGGAGUCGUCGGAGGGCGGGUCCGGGGCGGGGGUGUGCGAGGCGGAGGGCGGCGGCGGGGCGGGGCCGGAGGAGGCGGGCGGCGAGGGCGGGGACGAGGUGUGCGUGCGGCUGGCGGCGGGGCCCGACGGCCGGUUCGGGUUCAACGUCCGCGGCGGCGGCGGGGCGCCCGUGCUCGUGUCCAGGGUGGCGCCGCGCCGCCCGCAGCUACAAGAGGGAGACCAGGUAAUAUCAAUAAACGGCACUGAUGUGGACGACUUGACUCAUGAGCAAGUUGUCCAACUUAUCAGGAACACGAGAGGCAUCCUCACAUUAGUUGUUAAGCCGAAUGCGGUGUACGAGCCCGAAGAUGGUGGUCUCGAGGAGCCAGCUGUAUGCUUCGUGCCGCUCGCGGCCGACGCUGGACAACUCGAGGGCGAUGCGUUACAACAGUCCAUGUUAUUGUUGGGCGAUGGCUUGGCGAGUGGAGCGGCGCUCAAACAAUACGAAACGUUACUGCGGCGGCUGCCGGACGAGCCGUCCCUUGUCUCUAAAUUACCGCACAAUCUUAACAAGAACAGAUACAGAGAUAUAGCGCCGUACGAUUCGACCCGCGUGGUCCUGCAAAACGGACCAACCGGCGACUACAUCAAUGCGUCAUACAUCAACAUGGAAAUACCCAACUCGGAUCUCGUACUCACGUACAUCGCCACGCAAGGACCACUAGCAUCAACAGUUGGUGACUUCUGGCAAAUGGUGUGGGAGAGUGAAAGCAGCCUUAUAGUAAUGUUGACAGUGUUGGCUGAAAGAGGACGCGCCAAGUGUCACCAAUAUUGGCCCAAAGUUGGCACAUCGCUUAAGGCGACCAAUACACUCACAGUAAAUACGAACAGUGAACAAAACUUGGGGCAUUAUACAAGAAGAGAAAUGACUCUAAAGGACGCGGGCGGUGGCACCCGCGCUGUCACUCAGCUGCAGUACACGGCGUGGCCGGACCACGGUGUGCCCGAAGAUUCAACCGCCUUCAUAGCUUUCACAGCCCUCUGCGCACAUCUGCGGACACAUCGAGCUGUAAUACCGACAGUGGUUGAGGAGUCGAACGGCGAGGAGAGGCUGCUGGACCCUCCCAUGAUCGUGCACUGCUCGGCGGGCGUGGGCCGCACCGGGGCCCUCAUACUGGCUGAGACGGCCAUCGAACUGCUUUCACGCAGACAACCGCUGUACCCCCUCGAUUUAGUACGCGCCAUGAGAACCCAACGACCCAUGUGUAUACAAAAUGCGAGCCAAUAUAAGUUCGUAUGUGAAAGUAUACAGACUGCGUACGCACGGGGGCUGACCAAAGCACCGUCAGAAAAUGGCGGCGAUUGAUCUCACCUUCGUCUAAGAUCUUGCCAACCAUAUGAUAAUACAUACUGGCCGCAUGGAAGCCGGUGACCAAAGUGAACUGAAGAAAGAAUAAUAUCAGGAACCAAUAAAUUUGAAAAAAGAGUGUUUUUUGUUUGUUUAUGGUAUGUUAACAGCAUUUUGUAGUUUUUUUUUAAUAAGAACGGAUUAAGAAGGUUGUAACUAAAUUAAAAUUCGUGACGAUUUCUGUCUCAACGUCAUCGCUAAGUGUGAGCGGUAGCAUAUCAUUAGCUGCUCCGAUUAUUGUGUAAGCGAGAUGGAAGACACGUAAAAGAUUACGUGAAAGUGAGUUCACAUUCCAAUCUCCAAUUUGUAAUAAUCUUCUUGAAACCAAUUCAUCGAAUAGGAGGCUAAAUUCUUCUCGAAUAAACGACUCCAAAACAUAUCAUGUUUUAUAUUACAUUUACCUUCAAUUAUUUAUUUUAGAUGUAGUAUUAGUGUUAGUGUUCUGUGAUUAUGUUUAUAAGUUUUAUGUAGUGUGUAAUAGUGAAAUCUUGCCUUUCUAACGAAUUUAAUACCCAUUUUUACAUAGUAACAUGUAACAUGGUAAUUUAUUUUUCUUAACAUUGUACCUAUCUAUAACUUCUUAAUCUGUGCCAUUCUGUAUUUGAAAAUAAUUGUACAUUUUAUUUAGAGAUACAAAAGUGUCAAAUAAUUGUUGACUUUGUAAUUUUUUUUAACUCGCAAUAUUAUAAACAUAUAUGUAGGUAUUACUCUUUCUAAAAAGAAUCUACUAGAAACGUGAACAAACGAGUCUUAAUCCGACCAUAAACAAGUCUAACGAUGUCCAAACGAAAUUGAUUAGUUGUUUGAAAUAUUUGCUUUCUUUAAUAAAUUAAUUACACUCUUUACUCAUUGAUUAAAAAAAUUUACGUACGUUUGACAGAUUAAAUAUGAUCAAAAUAUGAGUUCUUAGUUGAAUUUAGACUUGUUUUGUUUACCUUUCUAUUAGAUACUACUUAAAUUUGUUUUAUAUAUCAUUUUGAAACAUUUAUAUAUCAAAUUAAUAAAAUAUAAAUAAAGUGUUCUUUACAAUUAAGAAUAUGGGACCUAACUAUACUAGCAUAAUACGUAAGUACAUAACACUUGUAGUGUGUAAGAGAGUACUUCUGUAUUUUAUGAUAAAUUCCUGUUUGGUCCUUUAAUGAGGCAAGUCCGCCUAACUACUCAGUUUCUAGAAAGAUUGUUUACUUUAUUGAAACAAUUAAUUAUUGGCUUGUCAUUUGGCGAAAUUCAAAUCAUCUAAUAUGAAGUGAAAUGAGAAAAACGACCAUAGAGAUGGAUUUUUUUAGACAUUUUUAUAAAUGAAAUUAAUCUAUUUUCUAUUGUAAUGAUUUUUUUUUUAUUUGAAAGACAGUAAUAAAAUACUAUUAUAAGUUAAAUACGAGUAAUCAUUAUAUCGAUAGUUACAAUAUAAAGACCAUCAUACACGGUGUAGAUAAUAUUUUAUAAUUAAAUAUCUGCAGAUACCGUAAUAUCCACAGAUAUUGUUAGAUACAAAAUGCAUGUAAGGAUAACAUCUGCAGAUAAAUCCAGAUUCAACUUUUUAAUGAUCGUGAUUAUUACAGAUACACGUGUUAUCUGCAUUGUUUAUGGGGUUCUUAAUGUUAAACUUUAUCCAUACGUAAAAAGUUUUCUAAUUAUACUGUGCCUAUUAUCAGGAAUGAUACUGCCAUUAAUUAAAGUAUUUUAACCACAAUCGUGGACAAAACAUGCGAUUACUCGAAAAAUCUAGUUUAUAGAUAAUUGCACUUUUAGCAUCUUAUCAAAAAAAUAAGUUCGACUGUUUGAACCGAAGAAUACUGACGAGUUAUUAUGAUGUUUACUUACAAUUAGUAAUGAAACAAUUUCUAAAAUUAAAUAUUUUUUUGAGUUAAUUGCCUUCGCACACGAAUGCAAUAUAAUUCGCACAAUACAAGAUUUGCCAAAUUGUAUUACAAGAUGCAUUUUGUGUUGUACGAUUACUUGGACGCGGCGACUCGUGUUUGAAGACUCUUAUAAUUAGACAUGGGUAAUAUCGAUACCGCUUCAAUAUCUAUGUAUUGAGUUUCUCUGGAUAUUGCUGUAAAAAAAAAAUGUUCCCCCUUUCACCAAUAUCAGUCGGAUAUCUAUAUUAAUUUCGAUCGAAGCCUUCAUUUUGAUAUUAUAUAUUGGAUAACUGAUAUUUAAUAUAUCCGUUGGCUCAAUAUAUAUAUAUUGUUACUACAAUAUAUAGGUAUUGCUAUAUAUUACACACGUCUACUUACAAUUCUAAGUUCCAAGAUACAUUUUCCACGCUGCGUCUAGUCCAUAUUUUUGAGCUCAAAUGUCUAAAUAAAUUUAUCCUUAUUUCCUUUUCAUUGCAUUAUGAAGCCGGAUUCAAUUCGAAUGUUGUAACGUUCCAUAAAAACAUAUAUUCCAAUACUUUCCUUUUGCGUCUUAUAUUUUUCCUCGUCAUAUAUUUUUUUUUUUAUUAAUUUUCCUGCAAAAGGUAAACUGCGAUCACGUGAUCCAUUUGGUGUGAAAUGUUAAUAAAAUAUUUUUAUAAGGAAAGUCGUUCAGUUAAACGAAAAGUUAAGACUAUUAGUGGAUUUUGUAUUAAUGUACCUAAUCAUUUAUUAUAUUGAUUUUUAAAAUAAUUUCAUAUUUGUGUGUUUACUACUUAAAAUUAGUAACUUUAAAUAUGAUAAAAUAAUAAAUUAUUUUUAGGAACAAACUAUGACGAAAUAGCGAUUAUAAUAUUUUGGUCUAAAAUUGUAUUGCUCCUUGGAUAUGUUAUUCAGUAUUUCUUUUAGCCGAUGCUUUAUGAUUGAAAGCUAGAUAAAUAAUAAGUUGUUUUAUUUGAUUUUUCACUUAAUUUGUAACCUAUAUUUUAUUAUUAUGUUUUGUAACAUAGCGUUUUGACUAGAAGUAAUCCUAAUAUGUCAGACGUAGCUAGUUUCAUAGUGGAAAAUGAAUCUUCCAUUUCUGUACAAAUAGAUGUAAUAAAUGAAAUAAUAUAUUUUUCUGUUUAGAACAAAAAUGACUAGGUACUAUUAUUUAUUUUCUACUAACCAUUAACACUUGAGAGAAAAAUAAAUCGAAUUGAAUUCAAAUAAAGUUUCUAUAAAUUUUAA